GGAAGGAAGAGGGAACAGCCAGCUGAUCGCCUCAGCUUUUGUAAAGGUUUCGCAAAAUGCGAGCACGUGCUCGUGUGCGUGACCCUUUUUUAGAUUUGCAUGCCUGCUUGCCACCUGCGAAGCUCGAUCUACUUCACCCUUAUCCGCGUGCAAUUAAUCUCUGAAUUACUAUGCCUCUUUCUUCUUCAAUUCGCUGUAAUUAUUCCAUGGUACAUGAGCUUUAUUACACUCGUCAAUGAUCUACACAAUUAGAGUUAUAUUUAUAGCAUAUUGCAUAAUGUUAAAGAUAUAAUCUCCAAACUCAAAUCUUUCUAAACUUGAAAAUUUAUCAACCUAGAAUUGAAGAAACUAAAUCUAAAGAGUUAGAUAAACUUAAACCUACAAAAAUGUAAAUCUGAGAUGUUCCUACGGAAACCUAGACCUACAGUAAACUUAGAUCUAGCGAAAAAUACAUCUACAAGAAACUUAACCUUUUACUUAAACUUGAAUCUAGAAAAAUUUUAAUUGUACAUGCCUCUAAAUUAUAUUUAAUGUUUAUUGUUAAAAAAGAUUGCGGAUGAGAUGUAUUAAGCCAACAGUGGAUUAAUAAGAAACAAGUGGCAAUAAAUUGAAAAGAAAUAGAGGUAAAGUAAGAGAACAAAUCGGUAGGGGGUGAGAGAGGUGAAGCAGGCGGCUGUUCGCUGUCUCCGGAAGGAACUGUCUCCCUUUAUACCCAAAGACAUUCCUCUAAACAUGAACCAACGUGCUUCACGACAGUAUUCUCCCCUCGUGGAAGCACUUCCACGGACAUCCCCACCUCCUGUUAAUCUCUUGCACCCGAAACUAAAUUAAGGGUCGUUCCGGUCGGAAUUUUUUUCUGCUUCUUGAUACUCUUUCACCCCAUUCUGUUUUUUGUUCCAGUUUGACUAAGUGUUCCCGGAUCAUGAACUUCAGUUUUAUGGAUAUCGAGCUUUAUUCGAUCAAAUCAAAUUUAAUGAUAAUAUUUGGGAUAAUAUGAUACACAUGAUACAUAUUUGGGAACUAUGCGGCAAUUUUGAAGAAAUUUAAUAACUACGGAGCGCUGAAAGUAAAAUAUAUGUGAGAAAAAUGUAAGAUGAUUAACAAUGUCAAAUAUUUAACGACAUGAGAGUACAUAUAUCUUUAGUGCUACCCUAAGAGUGUGGACUAAAGUUUAGAGCCUCGAGUACACUCACGAGCAAGUAAGGUCCUAGAGGACGUGUACGGUGGCUAGAAGAGGAGUGAAAUGAAAGUUGGAAGUACACGUAGACGGCUGAAAAUCUCGUCUGGCUCGUUGCCAAGAUCUUCCGAAUCUUGUCAUCUUCUUCAUCCGCGUCUUUCAUUCUCCAGCACGUACUUCUCCCCGUGCUUUCGCUGGAGGCAAUCAAUUAAAUGGUUCUCCUACUAUCUUUCGUCGUCUUUCUCUGUUUCACGGAAACAUAACUUCAACGCGAAACGAUUUAUUGGCGUAAAGAAAGCUGCGGGAGCUGAAGAACGAGGAAGAGCAACAUAAAAAAAAGUGGCAAUAAUAUGUGAGUAGGAGAGAUCGGGAAGAGAAUGAAGAGAAAGGAAGAAAAGUGAAAUAGUUGAAACAGCUACCGAGUAUAAAAUAUGCAGAAGAUGUAUAAAAUGUGGUGACAAUGAGUCAUACAGCGAGACUGCAUUAUGGAGACUACAUUAUGAUGGUUUUAUCUUUAGUUAUUUUGUCGAAAUACUUUUCUGAUUGUUUUAUCGUUUAGUCUGAAUUAAUGUUAAGGUUUUAAUCAGCAAAUUCAGAAUUCCAGUCUGUACGUUCUACCUUGUCCCGCGAGUGACCGUGGAAUAGAAGAGAGGUGGUUUACCCGAAGAACACGACAGCUGCAUCGAGCCACCGGCCUGAAAAUAGCACGGCAACCCCAUGCCGAGGCCGAAGAGCGAAGUCGAAGCCCUCUCCCUACGGCGCUUUGGCACGAGUCUGGCUAACCAUGCUCAUCCGAGUGUUUACCAUUCCACGAUGCUCCAAGUGGCGGGAGACAUUUUUAAAUUAAUUGUACAGACACAAAAUUAUUGUUCACCCUUGUAUCAAACUGAAUGAUCUCGAGAGUACUAUACUUGGCUGAAUAAAUAGAUCUUCUGUAUGAAAUGAGAAACUGGGAGAUUUAGCAUCACAAUAUUAUAGAUCUUUUAAGUAGAAUCAACAGAAGACGCAGAUCUGCAUCGUCUGCAGUAAAACCGUGAACGCAAUAAAAACGUCAAAAGAGCAAAACUCUGCAACGUAGAGACUUGAAAAUAUUCCAAGUGUAACACAAUAAAUUCUACGAUGUUAAUACGAAAAUGGAUACCCAAGUGUCACAUUAUUAACGAGAGGAUUAAAUGAGUUUAACAACGCACGGUUGAACGCGCGUAAAGCACGAAGGCGUCAAAGUUCUCCAUCUUGUUUCCGUGAAAAAUGGCAACGCACGUGGUUCCACGCUACAUCUAUCCAACACCUCUCUCUUUCUCUCCUCUCGUCACGGUUUACACGUAUGCUUCCUCCUCCGCACCUGGAGCUUCUCCAAGUGCGACGAAAAUACGCGUUUUACGCGACACUUUCCAUCGGGAACGUGUUUCAGGCACCUGUAGGAUGCGCCGUAUCUGUUCGUUAUUAACGUAGAGACCACGAGUUAAGUUAAACCCGAACCACGUAUCUGGUGACACGUAGUCGAACCUUAGAUACUGACAAUCCAUCGCCGAGAAAAGCUUGGCGAGUUUCGUAGUUGCGUCAGUUAAGAUGCUCGACGCUCGUGACUUUAUUUUUAGGCGCAACGUCGAUAGCGCACCGAUUGCAAUAGUGUUUCCGAGACACCUGUUCUUUGAUUCGUUUCGAAAACAAUCAUGGUGUUCACUGCGAGAUUUAUUCGAAGAUUGGAGGAUUUCUGAAGCUUGUGGAUGCUCUGCUAGAUAAAUGUAAAGGUUCACUUGGGUGCAUGGACGUUAUAUCAUAUGUUACAUAGACAAUUUACCACGUAUUACAUCGACAAUGCUACACCUCCACGUGUAGAAUUACGACACUGAUUUGAGAAUUUUCAACUACCAAAUUUUGGGAAUUUGGAACUUCAAAAAUUAACUCUCGAAAUUAACUUAAGGUGUGCAUAAAACCACCCCCUUUAUCUAAAGGGACAUUGACGUAGAACGAAAGAAGACGGAAAGAAAAUACAAAAACGACAUCGAUCUCCGCAGUUUCAUUGGUGGCUACAGGAUAGAAGCAGGUUGGUGCGCUGGGUGGUUCUUCUGGAGCGACGCCAGGCGUCCGCCGAAUUUAGCACCGCGACGCUGACUAACUCGCGUGGCAUUCAUUCAAUCGCCGACCAAAAAGCCUGCUGCCUGCAUAGUCCCCUUGCUGCAUACUCUGUAUGCCCGAACGACGCCGUUGGCAUUGUCUGUACUUUACAUCUCUGAAGUGGUCAGUUAAGGAAGUGACGAUAAAGAAAUUUAUUCAAAAGAUUAUUACAAAAAUGAUUUAAAACAGAAACAGCAAAAAUUGCUCUUAAGUGAGUCGACAGCAAAGAAAAUAAUUUAAGAACUUCCAAAUGUAAGUUACAAAGAGAAGGUAAUAAAAAUUGUGACUCAAAAAGUAAGAAAAAUAUAGGAUUUAAAGAGGCGUUAAAAAAUGUGUGGUAAUUGAAUAAAUGUCCCUCAAAAUGAAUUGCAGUUUGAAUAAGUGUUUGAGAGACCAAAAAGUAUAAAAAGAAGCAAGCGCAAGAGGAAACGCAAAGAUCGUAAAGCGGUACCGAUCAUGCAAACGAGGAACGGGCUAACCAAUCGUCAUUAACCGGGAUGUAACGAGUGAUCGUGUUUGCGAUAUAGGUAUCGAUGGUAGUAGUGCGCAACAUUGUCCCCCUCCGUGCAUGGUGUAAUCGAAAAAGCAAGAUCGACGUGCACACACUACGGUGGUCGCACGCUUUUGCCACCACGCAAACAGAAGCAGUCGACACACGAGCCAGUCAGGCACCCUUCUGAGCGCGUGCAGCCCGACGCGCAGCAGCUGAAGAAGAAGAAGAAGAAAACGAUGACGAAGAGACGGUGGAGGGCGAGGGAAGCUGUGCUCCUAUAUGUAGCCCCGAAUCUUAGCCGGAGCAACUAUUACGCCCGAAAUCCUCGAGGCGGACGCACCCCUGUGAUCCGCAACAGGUACACAGGGUAACGCGAGAGGCCAUUUAAAAUCGCGCGGUCAUAUAUCGUGUUUAGCGCUUUCUAAAUUACCAGUGAAUCGUGUGUGACAGUGAAAUCGGAUCUGAGGUAUGAUUUGUGUGGUUCGAAGAGGAGAAUAGAAGGAGGAAUUAAAAGAAAAAUGCCGAGAGCUUUUUUGAUCACCCACCGCCGAUACAACGGAGCCGAGGAGGAGUUUGAUGCUUCCGGAAGAGAUUUCAGUCCGGAAAGAGGAGUGAGACUGGCAGACUACAGCGGGAAUCAUCCAACAUCCGACGGAGCCAGCGAGUGCGGCAGCGAGACCUCCUCCGAGUGUCCCGAAGAACUCUACAACCUGACGAAACUUGCCGAAGUGAGUCUAGCUGCCGCAGCGGGUACUCUAAUUCACCCGAACAACGUAAUCUACCAGCAACCAUCGUCGCCCCGAUGCGUUCAGUUCUCGGAGAAGUGCAGAAUGAUGGCACCGCGUGCGAAACAAGAGUCACAGUUCCAAGAUCAUUCAAGGUCGCUGGAGGACGAGACGCUCGGUGAGCGAACGCGACUGUUCUUCGAGAGGAUCGAAAGCGAACGAGAGAUUCUGCAGAAUCAUUCGGAGAGGAACACGGUCUUGGGUGUCCACAUCUCUCCGCAUCUGCAAGAGGAACGUCGAGGUCUCGAUAUCUCGGAGAACUCGCUCGACAAGACCGAGUUGGAGCCACCUCCUCCCACGAUACCCUCGACCAUCUCGCAGAGCCGAAGAACCACCUCCACUUCAACGGAGACCUCGAAGUCUGAAGAUAACGAGGACCACGAGUGUCCCGAUUGCGGGAAGAAGUACUCGACCUCCUCCAAUUUGGCCAGACACAGACAGACCCAUAGAUCCCUGGGCGACAAGAAGGCCAGAAGGUGUCCACACUGCGACAAGGUGUACGUCAGCAUGCCCGCGUUCAGUAUGCAUGUCAGGACGCAUAAUCAGGGGUGCAAGUGCCAUUAUUGCGGCAAGUGUUUCUCGAGACCUUGGCUACUGCAAGGACACAUACGCACGCAUACGGGUGAAAAACCCUUCAAGUGCACGAUCUGCAACAAAGCCUUCGCCGACAAGUCGAACCUGCGUGCCCACAUCCAGACGCACUCGAACACCAAGCCACACGUGUGCGGUCGUUGCGGUAAAGCGUUCGCGUUAAAAUCGUACCUCUACAAACACGAAGAAUCGUCCUGUAUGAGGGCCCAUCACCGAUCGUCCACAGAAAAGAUGGACGUCAACGAUCAGAAGACAAAACCCUGCACUCUUUCGUCGCCGUUGACCAGACUUCAAACGACCCCAUGCGUCACCGCCUCGCCGACCAGCGUCAUCGUACCUCGUUUAGGUCUCAAUCGCGAGCAAAGAAGCACGUCUUCGGCAUUUUCCGCGAUCAUUAGACAUACCAGAGUUCCUGAUGGAUCGACGUUACCUCCAUCCUCGAAACGUUCCUGCAGAGAAAAGACUCCGAUCGAUGAACACGACAGAAAGACACCGGACAACGUGCCGAAGGAUGAGUGCCUCUCCAGAAUGGUCAUCAGGACCUCCGUUAUUUCACCUAACCCUGAACACCUCAGCCGCUUCAACGAUAACCAGAACUCUUCCAGCAGCUUCGACUUCUCGGAUCCAACGAGAUCGUCCGCGUUUUCUAGACCUACCACGAUGACGCUCAAUUUGGCAAUCGCAUAGGGCUCGAAAUUAAGCGCAUAGGGGAUGAGGUGUUUAGUUACGGUAGAACGAAAUCUGGUACAGUGAGAUGUAGGCUUCUUUUGGUUAAUAGGAAAUUUAUUGAGGGAUGAUAGGGAUAUUUUAUAGUAUUUUUAAGGGUCCCUUUGGGAUCUCUUCAGGGUUGACCCAUAGUGAAAUGUAUGAAGUAUACUUCAUACAUUGCUGUAAUUGCUGAUUUAGGAAUUUGGAAAACUUUGCUAUCUUUUAUUUAGAAAAUUUCAGAACUUAGAAUUUGCAUGUUU